ACACUUGAUUUUAAAACAUUAUUUAGAAUCAUUAGUUGAAUAAUAGUGGAUUGUGGUUGGAUUUAAAUUCUAUUAAAAACCAUGAUUGAAUAACACCCCAUAGUUUAGUUUAGACUUUAGACUAAUCGGAUUUUAAAGCUGAAGAAUCAAACAAAAACCCAUGUUCCACUGUCUCUCUGCCCAAUAUUUCAAAACGAUCACUCACACCACACUUCAUGGGUAAGUCGGUGAGACUACGCCGGAGCCAAACCACGGCUGGAUCAUCUUCGGAGAACAACGGUGACUUGUCGGGUGAAAAUGGAUCUGAUGUUCCUCGUAGCUCCGACUCAGAGACUGAGUCAAACUCGAGCUCCGAUUCCGGGACCGAGUUGAAUCGGUGGUCUGCCUCAACAACCUCGACGGGGCUGUCGGCGAUCAUACGAGUCUUGUCCGAUUCGCUGCUGAGAACGGAAUUGGCGGAGAUGGAGAUGAUCAAGGCUCGUGAGGCAGCGAGGUGGGAAGCGGAGAAAAGAAGGUUGGAAAUGGAGGUCGAGUUGACUCAGAUGUUGCUUCAGACUAACUCGUCUUUACUCGUCGGAGAAGAGAAGAUUUCUCUGGCACGGAGGAAGAGGAAGAGUUCAGCAGUUGAAGACAACGAGUCCUCCGUUACAAGGGACAAGAAUUUAGCUUUAUUGUGCUUACUACAACUUAACCUGAUCUUCUGGAGCUCAUUGACUUGA